CCCACACUCCUGACCCUGGUGGUUUUCUGAAUAUUCUGGCCAGGAAUUGCCAAUUCUCCUUCAGGAGCUGGGCACAGCAGAAGACUCAAACCGAGAUUCUUCUUUCUGGACUUUUUUUGGACACCUUCAUAAUGUUGGUGGUAUCGUGCUUGGGACUGGAAGUAUCUCAGGCGCACCCAGGUAAGCAAUAGGACACAGCGAGGAACAGGCCCCAUCCCACAGGGUCCAAUGGCACUCUCCCCCGCCUCUCUGUAUCCCCCGAACUCACUGUACUCAGGACUCCCUCUCAUUGUCUCUGCUCAAACCCCACAGGGCCUCCCUAUUCAGACUGGGCCUGUUCUCACCUCUGGCCUUUGCACUGGCUCAUCCUCUUACCUCAUCAAAACCUUUGCUCAACAUCCCCUUCUCGGGGCAGUUGACGGGGACCAUCCUGUUAAAAUUGGACCCCAUCUUGCUCCCACUUCUCCUGAGUCCCCCUUCCUUUUUCAAUUUUCUUCUUCUUCUGACAUGUUUUACCAUCAAAUAGAUAAUCCACUCUCUCCCCAAGUUUAUGGUCGACCUCUCCCACUGGAAUGGGAGCUUAAGAAAACAUCCACCUUUGUAUGUUUUAUUUCCUGAUGUAUGUCAAGUUUGUGGAACGGGUAUUCAGUUAGUACUUGUUGAAUGAAGAAAAAGAAACAGAGUCCAGAGUGAGGCAGGCCCUUCCAGAGCAUUGGUUUUGAGGUCUAGUUUCUGUUUUGCUUCUCUUGUUCUGCCUGCCCACCAUGGAGGGGCCCUCUCAGCUUCCGGCACACCCAGCUCCCCUUCCUGCUAGUUAGGGUUAGUGUGUGUGUCUGUGGCCACAAGAGUAAAAGGCUGGGGCAAGUUGGUUCUGCAGAAAAUCGGUUGAUGGGGUGUCUCCCCAGCCCACCCCGGGACUUGCUUCAGCCUUGCAGCUCUGUCCUCCGGGUGCAGGAACAAGGGCCUCUUCUCAGACUGGUGCUCCCUGGGCAGGUCCUGCUCCCUCUAUCCAUUCUUAUGCUCCCCACGUAGAGUGCGAUUCUGUCCUCCAUGUCCUCCUGCUAUGAGGUGUGUGUGUGUGCGUGGGUGCGUGAGAGAAAGAAUGAGUGAGCCAGCAGAAGGACCCUCCCCAUUCUCUCUCGUUCUGUGUGGCUCUUUUCUUAUGCCCCCUCCCCAAGCCUCUUCUCCCAAGAGGGAGUUCUGGAAGACCAUUCCUUGUUCUUGUCUUUGUACACAGAGAUUCUCUGUAACGAGAGCUUCACUCCGAGGACUGGAUUGCUCGAGGCUUAGGCAUCAUGAGAGUCGGGACUGCAGGGAGGGGCUUUCCCCCUGGGUCCCUUUUUCAUCCUGCCCCUCCGGGGUGUGACAUCGGGCUGAGCUGCUCUGGCUCAAAGCUUGGUUUGGCAGAGGAUCUCAGGAACUGGGCGAUCUCUCUCGGACUCAGUAGCUCUCCUGGCACCCCCACUUCUAUUCUCUCUGCCAUGUCCUGUCAUCUUCCUGGCCCCACCUCAGGUCCCACCUCCUUUGUGAUGCUCCACCUGCCACGAGCGGCCUCCCUCAGAAAGCCAAGAACAUUCCCUUCACCUGACUGGUCGUCUUUCCUUCUUUUGCCUGGAUCUUUCCUGCCUCGGUCUGGUGUCCCCAGGAGACCAGGUUCUUCAAGGGCAAGUUCUGUCCAGCUCUAGUGUGCUUGGCAUCUAGAUUGGGGCCUUGUUCUGGUGGGACCUAAGCACUUGCCCGUGAGUGAAGGCACCUCCUUGGGGACAGCUCCUGGGCAUGGCACACAGUGGAGGGGUCAAUCAGUAUUUGUGGACUAGAUGAAGACACUCUCCAGAUACUGGCCCUUCCUUCCUGUGUCUAGUCUUUUCAACUGCAACAAUGUUUCCUGCGGACCUAGUAUGUGUUGGUGGCCGUGAAGGCUAUGGAAGUUGAUAAGGCAUGCUUUCUGCACCAAGGGGCUGUACCAGCCCCAGUGACUCGACUCUGAGAAUGCAGGAAAUGCAGUAACAGGAAAGGCUGGAAGGGUUCACUCCACACGGGCUCACCCUGGAAAGAUCAGCCAGGCAUCCUCAUGGCCUCAUGGAGGGAAACGUGUAAUCUGCUGGGAGGAUGGGUCCAUUGACUUUAUGGGACACGGGACCCUUGGCGUCUCAGGAAUGUGUAUCUGCCCAAGCCCCCACUUGCCCAUGGGGGAUAAUGACGGCAGUGGACUCACAGGGUAGGAGGGGAAUUAGGGGCUGAAGAGCCAUGUCUAGGCCUGUGGGGUGGAAAAGGCAGCAAGGGGCAGGUUUACUGUGACACGGGGUCUCCUCCACAUGCUUAUUAAAGGAAACAAGUUUCAGCUUUCCUUCUUGGUCUGCCUAGCGGGAGAUUCCCACGCUUAUAAAUGGCAUUAAUAACUUUCUCCCGCCUUUUAUGUUGUUGGGAGGCCUGUCAUCCACCCCAUAAAAGGCAGGGGCAUUGACAGGUCUCUAGCGUGAGACCUGAGCGCUUCCAUCCUCUCUGCCUUCCCUGCACUGCCCUGCACGGCGGAGGCAUGGCGAGCCGUUCCUACCGUCUCGGCUCCGGCUCUGGGGUCAGGAACUUCAGCUCCUGUUCUGCGGUCGUGUCCAAGCCCUCAGCCCGUAGCUGUGUGGGUGUCCUGGCCUCCCUCAGGGGCAGUCCCGGGGGGCCCAGCUACAGGCGCCUGGGGGGCUUCAGCAGCCGGAGCCUGUGUGCCAUGGGGUCCCCGAGGACAGCGGUGAGCUGUGGAUGGCCCCUGCGCAGCGGGAGCAGCUUGGGCUACCGGGUGGGGGGCCUCUUCGGGCCCAGCCUGCCCUGCAUCACCAGCGUGUCUGUCAACGAGAGCCUCCUCACGCCUCUCAACCUGGAGAUCGACCCCAACGCACAGUGCGUGAAGCACGAGGAGAAGGAGCAGAUCAAGAAUCUUAACAACAAGUUCGCUGCCUUCAUCGACAAGGUGCGCUUCCUGGAGCAGCAGAACAAGCUGCUGGAGACCAAGUGGCAGUUCUACCAGGACCGCAAGUGUUGUGAGAGCAACCUGGAGCCCCUGUUCGAGGGCUACAUUGAGACUCUGAGGCGGGAGGCUGAGUGCAUGGAGGCCGACAGCGGGAGGCUGGCCUCGGAGCUCAACCACGUGCAGGAGGUGAUGGAGGGCUACAAGAAGAAGUAUGAAGAGGAGGUGGCUCUCAGGACCACAGCCGAGAAUGAGUUUGUGGUGCUGAAGAAGGACAUAGACUGUGCCUACCUGCGCAAGGCUGACCUGGAGGCCAACGUGGAGGCGCUGAGAGAGGAGAUGGGUUUCUUGCAGGCCCUCUAUGAGGAGGAAAUCUACCUUCUUCAGUCACAAAUCUCGGACACCUCGGUGGUGGUCAAGAUGGACAACAGCCGGGAGCUCAACAUGGACUCAGUUGUGGCCGAGAUCAAGGCUCAGUAUGACGAUGUUGCCAGCCGCAGCCGGGCCGAGGCUGAGUCCUGGUACCAAACCAAGUGUGAGGAGAUGAAAGCCACCGUGAGCCAGCAGGGCGAGAACCUCCGCAGAACCAAGGAUGAGCUCAACGAGCUGAACCGCCUGAUGCAGAGGCUCACAGCGGAGGUGGAGAAUGCCAAGCAGCAGCGCUGCAAGCUCGAGGGCUCUGUGGUGGAGGCAGAGCAGCAGGGCGAGGCGGCCCUCAGGGAUGCCAAGUGCAAGCUGGUAGGGCUGGAGGAGGCCCUGCAGAAGGCCAAGCAGGACAUGGCCUGCCUGCUCAAGGAGUACCAGGAAGUGAUGAACUCCAAGCUGGGCCUGGACGUGGAGAUCGCCACUUACCGCAAGCUGCUGGAGGGCGAGGAGAGCCGCUUGUGUGAAGGCGUGGGCUCUGUCAAUAUCUGUGUGAGCCGUUCCCAGGGCGGCAUGGUCUGUGGGGACCUCAGUGCCACUGUCCCUCGUGGUCCCACCAGCAGUGCCCUCCUCUGUUCCCCUUCUGUAGUGGGGACCUGUUCCAGUGUCAGAUCGGUGCGGUUUGCAUAACAGGCGUAGGUCUGUUGGGCGCAGGGGUGGGGACAGGAGGGAAAAUCUUUGCUCUCUCAGAUCCUAGUGUCAGUGUAGGAGUUUCCCCUGGCUGCAAACCCAGACUAACUCUCCAGUUUCCUCCUUACUGCGGUUAUGACUUACCCUUCAAGGGCAAACCCUGGGGAUGGCAGGACUGCCACCUCCUUUGAGUGUCUCUUGCCGGUGGUCCAGCUUUUUGAUAGAAGCUGCUCAGCCACUUUCUUCCCCAACUAGCUUCAGGUUAGCAGACAUUUACUAAACACUGACCAUGUGCCAGGCCCUCUGGGAAAGGACCUGGGUUAGGGAAUGGGGAUGGGUGGGCAACCUCUGCUUUGCCCUCAGAUAUGGGGUGGGGGGAUGUCACCUCAGCACUUGAGGGCGCAGUGGGGAAAUGGACCAGGGGUCCAGGAGGCCCCUCACUGAUCUGAGAGACUGUGCAUUCCCCAAGUGUCCCUAGGUCUUCAUAUGUCCAGAUAGAAAGGUUGACUGAAGCUCAUGGUUGAGGUGCUUAUGGUGGGUGGUUGGGUUUUGUUUUUUUGUUUGUUUGUUGUUUUUGUUUUUGUUUUAUUUUGUUUUGUUUUGCAUUUGGAUAAUUCCUGUUAUGGCUCCUUUUCUCUUUGGGUGUGUGUGAUUAAAUAUUGAUGACAAAA